AUGGUUAGCAAGACCGAUGACAUCCCGGCGACUGUGCCUGACUGUAAUCCGCUUGAUCUGGUGACUGAAGUUGGGGAUGGAGCCCAGAAUGAAAAAGCAAUCUGCCCUACCUCCAUAAAGGACUCCUGUGCUUGUGAACAUAAAGGAGAUAUUAUGAUGAACGGCAGCAAAAGCAUUCAACAAACUGAGGAUUCUGACGCACAACAGAAUGGAACCGGUGAAGAUUCUAACGAACAGGAAGUCAUUGUGAUUCAAGACACGGGCUUCACUGUCAAAAUCCAAGCACCCGGGACCGAGCCCUUCGAUUUGCAGGUAUCACCGCAGGAAAUGGUGCAGGAGAUUCAUCAAGUGUUAAUGGACAGAGAGGAUACCUGCCAUCGCACAUGUUUCUCACUGCAGCUGGAUGGAAAUGUUUUAGACAACUUUGCAGAGCUUAAGUCAAUUGAAGGGCUACAAGAAGGAUCAGUCCUCAAAGUGGUUGAAGAGCCGUACACUGUUCGUGAAGCUCGCAUACAUGUGCGCCACAUCAGAGACCUCCUUAAGAGCCUUGACCCUUCAGAUGCUUAUAAUGGUGUGGAUUGCAACUCAUUAUCAUUUCUCAGUGUAUUCACUGAUGGCGAUCUUGGAGAGAAUGGUAAAAGGAAGAAAAAGGGGAAUGAACUGGAGCAAAUAGACUGCACUCCUCCAGAGCAUAUUCUUCCUGGCAGCAAGGAGCACCCUUUAGCACCCCUCCAGCCUCAGAACAAGGACUGGAAGCCAAUGCAAUGCCUGAAGGUCUUAACAAUGAGUGGAUGGAAUCCCCCUCCGGGGAACCGGAAGAUGCAUGGUGACCUUAUGUACCUGUAUAUUGUGACUGUGGAGGAGCGCCAUAUUAGCAUCACUGCCUCGACACGUGGCUUUUACCUCAACCAGUCCACUUCGUAUACAUUUAAUCCCAAACCAGCUAAUCCAAGCUUUCUGAGCCAUUCUUUAGUAGAACUGCUGAGCCAGUUAAGUCCAGCAUUCAAGAAGAACUUUACUGCCUUGCAAAAGAAAAGAGUCCAGAGACAUCCAUUUGAGAGGAUCGCCACUCCUUUUCAGGUUUACAGUUGGACAGCUCCACAAGUUGAUCAUGCCAUGGAUUGUGUCCGAGCAGAGGAUGCUUAUACAUCUCGUCUUGGUUAUGAAGAACACAUUCCUGGCCAGACCCGAGACUGGAAUGAGGAGCUACAAACAACCAGAGAGCUACCUCGUAAGAACUUGCCAGAACGACUACUAAGAGAACGUGCUAUUUUCAAGGUACACAGUGAUUUUGCAGCCGCUGCGACUCGUGGUGCCAUGGCUGUGAUUGAUGGAAACGUUAUGGCUAUUAAUCCAGGAGAAGAAACCCGAAUGCAGAUGUUUAUCUGGAACAACAUAUUUUUUAGCUUGGGUUUUGAUGUUAGGGACCAUUAUCGGGAGCUCGGAGGUGAUGCUGCUGCUCAUGCAGCUCCAACCAAUGACUUGAAUGGGGUUCGGGCUUAUGGCGCUGUGGAUGUAGAAGGCUUGUAUACGCUGGGCACAGUAGUUGUAGAUUAUAGAGGAUACCGUGUUACCGCACAGUCAAUAAUCCCAGGCAUUCUGGAACGAGAGCAAGAGCAGAGUGUCAUAUAUGGAUCAAUCGAUUUCGGAAAGACUGUUGUGUCACACAACAAAUAUCUGGAGCUUCUGGACAAGACGAGCCGGCCUCUUAAGGUCCAGAAGCACAAUGUACUAAAUGAAAAGGAUGAAGCUGUGGAACUUUGCUCCUCUGUGGAGUGCAAAGGCAUUAUUGGAAAUGAUGGCCGCCAUUAUAUUCUUGACCUACUCCGUACUUUUCCUCCUGAUCUGAACUUCCUCCCUGUGGAAGGAGUAGAGCUCCCUGCAGAAUGUCUGCGCCAAGGCUUCCCCCGCCCUCAUAGACACCGCUUGGCUUGUUUACGGCAGGAGUUAAUCGAGGCGUUUGUUGAACACAGAUAUCUUCUUUUUAUGAAAAUGGCUGCACUGCAACUCAUGCAGCAAAAGGCAAAUCGGGACACCAAAGCUUGUGCAGCCAUUGCUGAAGGCUCAGAGACCACCACAAUAAAAUUGGACUCUACUCAAACCAUGAACGCUGAUUCCAGUUCAUUUACCGACACGCCAAACACAACCGAUGGCAAAAUCUCAAACUCCACCAAUGAAGGUCCACUUGACACUACCACAGCUACUCAGAAUGGAGCGUGUGAGAGCCCACUCGAGGGCAAGGAUCUGGAAGAUGGUAUUCCAGCACUAGCUCAGGCAAAGGAGAUUGCAGAAACCUUGGUCACCGAAGAUGGAACAGGCAUUGACUCCAAAAGCAGAGAGUUGGUCUUGAAUGCAUGCAAAGCUGUUGGCUCCAUCAGCAGUUCAUCUUUUGAUAUACGCUUCAACCCUGACAUUUUCUCUCCAGGAGUGCGGUUUCCAGAGGACAGCGCUGAUGACAUCCAAAAACAAAAGCAGCUUCUAAAAGAUACUGCUGCUUUCCUGCUGUCUUGUCAGAUCCCAUCACUCGUUAAAGAUUGUUUGGAUCACACUGCGCUGCCUUUGGAUGGAGCCACUCUCACAGAGGCCCUGCACCAGCGGGGCAUUAAUGUUCGCUAUUUGGGCACUGUUCUCGAUUUCAUUGACAAAACGCCUGCCAAAGCACAACUGGAUCAUGUCUAUAGAAUAGGAAUCUGUGAGCUUAUCACCAGAUGUGCAAAACAUGUCUUCAAGAUAUACCUUCAGGGAGUGGAGUUGUCUGCGCUCUCUGCGGCUGUGAGCCAUUUCCUAAAUUGCUUCUUGAGCUCUUUUCAUGAUGCGGUGGCCCAUCUUCCUUCUGAUGAACUGGUGUCACGUCGCAAGAGUCGAAAACGUCGUAACAGAGUCUCUGGCAAUGGGGACACAGCCUGGGCCAGUCUGACUCCCAGUGAGCUUUGGAAGAACAUGAUUUCAGAGGCACAAUCUUACUACCACUUCACCCUAGUUUGUGAAAGCCUUGACCAGGUUGUGGAGAAAUAUGGUCUUCAGAAGAUCACUCUUCUCAGAGAGAUUUCAUUAAAAACUGGAAUUCAGAUCCUGAUAAAAGAAUACAACUUUGACAGCCGUCACAAGCCAGCUUUUACAGAAGAAGACAUCUUGAACAUCUUCCCUGUUGUUAAACAUGUCAACCCUAAAGCCUCAGAUGCCUUUCACUUUUUUCAGAGCGGUCAGGCCAAAGUACAGCAAGGGUUUUUGAAGGAGGGCAGUGAGCUCAUCAAUGAAGCUCUGAACCUUUUCAACAAUGUUUAUGGAGCCAUGCAUGUUGAGAUUUGUGCCUGUCUACGUCUCUUGGCGCGCCUUAAUUAUAUCAUGGGGGACCACGCAGAGGCUCUUAGUAACCAGCAGAAAGCUGUUCUGAUGAGUGAAAGAGUGCUGGGCAUUGAGCACCCAAACACCAUUCAAGAAUAUAUGCACUUGGCCCUCUAUUGCUUUGCGAAUGGACAGCUGUCAACUGCCCUGAAGUUGCUUUACCGCGCUCGUUAUCUCAUGCUGUUAGUGUCUGGAGAGGACCACCCAGAGAUGGCUCUCCUUGAUAGUAACAUUGGUCUGGUUCUACAUGGAGUAAUGGAAUAUGAUUUAUCACUGCGUUUCCUUGAAAAUGCCUUAACAAUCAACACAAAAUAUCAUGGAACCCGAUCCCUAAAAGUGGCUCUAAGUCAUCAUUUGGUGGCUAGAGUCUAUGAAAGCAAAGCAGAAUUUCGCUGUGCUCUUCAACAUGAAAAAGAGGGUUACACGAUCUACAAGAACCAGAUGGGUGAAGUACAUGAAAAAACCAAGGAAAGCUCAGAGUACCUUAAGUACCUUACACAACAAGCUGUAGCAUUACAGAGGACAAUGAACGAAAUAUACAAAAAUGGCUCUAAUGCCAGCAUCAUGCCUCUAAAGUUUACUGCCCCCAGCAUGGCCAGUGUGUUGGAACAGCUCAACAUUAUCAACGGCAUCAUAUUUAUACCUCUCAGUCAAAAGGAUCUGGAGAACUUGAAGGCAGAGGUGCAGAGACGGCAGCAGCUGCAGGAGCUGGGAAAGGCCGAAGACACAGAAGAUAUCCCACUGGAACAAAACGACAAUGACAAAAUACCAAUUGACUAA